CCUUGGUGACACGGGACUCGGGAAGAAGGAGGCCAAGAUGGCGGCCGCUUCGGCGGCUCGGGAAGUUUUCCUUUUUUCCAGUCCGUUCUCGGCUUUCCUUUUUUUGGCUGAGCUGCUCUUGCUGGCUCAAGCCCCGGCCUUUAACAUCGCCUCUCCCUUCUGUCACCACCACAUCCCCAGUGCCAGGGAGGUUAUUUACAAAGUUUAUCUUAAAGAAAAUCGAGUUAUGAAAAGAAACAUUAAUGAACAGCUAAGAAUUAAGACUGUAUAUGACAAAAGUGUUGAAGAAUUGCUCCCUGAAAAAAAACAUCUUGUAAAGAACAAGCUUUUCCCACAAGCUAUUUCUUAUUUAGAGAAGGCAUUUCAAGUUCGGAAACCUAUGGGUACUCUCCUGUUAAGUAGACAGUGUGUAACAAACCAGUAUUUAAGGAAGAAGGAUGAUCCUCACAGAUACUGUCGAGAAGCCUGUGCAGAACAUACCAAAUGUGGGCCAGUUAUAGUCCCUGAAGAACACCUGCAGCAAUGUAGGGUAUGUAAUACGAAUGGACGGAAUUGUCAAACUGUUGGCGAAGCAGACAAGGAAGGCAUUCGAGAUGCUGAUUUUAUACUGUAUGUUAGUGCUCUAACUACUGAAAGAUGUGGCCAAGAAAACAUCAUCGCAUAUGCAGCAUAUUGUCAGCUAGAAGCAGAUAUGGACAGACCAAUUGCAGGAUAUGCUAAUCUGUGUCCAAAUAUGAUUUCAACCCAACCACAGGAGUUUAUUGGCAUGUUGUCUACAGUAAAACAUGAAAUCAUUCAUGCUUUGGGUUUCUCUGCUGGACUUUUUGCAUUUUAUCAUGACGAUGAUGGAAAUCCUUUGACUGCUAGAUAUGCAAACGGAUUGCCACUAUUUAAUGAAAGCCUUGGUGUUUAUCAGUGGAGUGAUAAAGUUAUACGUAAAGCAGUAAGAUUAUGGGAUGUGCGGGAUAAUAACAUUUUGCCUCAUAAUGUAUUCCUUUUGGUAACUCCUAAGGUAGUUGAGGAGGCAAGAAAACACUUUGACUGUCCACUUUUAGAAGGAAUGGAACUGGAAAAUCAAGGUGGCAUAGGCACAGAGCUUAAUCACUGGGAGAAACGGUUAUUAGAGAAUGAAGCAAUGACUGGAUCACAAACACAGAACAGGGUUUUCUCCCGGAUCACUCUGGCAUUAAUGGAAGACACUGGCUGGUAUAAAGUGAAUUAUAGCAUGGCGGAAAAACUAGAAUGGGGCCGAGGAAAAGGUUGCGACUUUGUGAUGAAAAGCUGCAAGUUUUGGAUCAAUCAGCAACGGAGAAAAAAAGAACCAGUAGCCCCAUAUUGUGACACUCUGAGAAGUAAUCCAUUACAAUUAACAUGCAGGCAGGACCAAAGAGCAGUAGCAGUGUGCAAUUUACAGAAAUUCCCUCAACAGUUGCCUCAGGAAUAUCAGUAUUUUGAUAGUCUGUAUGGCGUGUUGCCAAAAGAUUUGCCUCACUAUGGUGGCUCGGUUGAAAUUGCUGACUAUUGCCCUUUUAGUCAAGAAUUCAGUUGGCACUUAAGUGGUGAAUUUCAGCGCAGUUCAGAUUGUCGGAUACUGGAAAACCAACCAGAUCCUUUCAGAAACUAUGGUGCAGAGAAAUAUGGGCCAAAUUCCAUUUGCCUCAUUCAAAAGUCAGCUUUCGUUAUGGAACAGUGCAGAAAGAAACUGAGUUAUCCUGAUUGGGGUAGUGGCUGUUAUCAGGUUUCUUGCUCUCCCCGUGGACUGACCGUUUGGAUCAAGGACAUGGCAUAUUUGUGCAGUCGCUCAGGUCAAAUUCUCGCAGUGAAUAUUCAGAUGAAUGGAUGGCUACAUAUGGGGAAUCUAAUUUGCCCAGCCUGCUUGGAUUUCUGUGAUUUUUGUCCGCCUGAACAAGAUCCCCCUCCAGUUGCUAAUUUAACAAGAGUUGCACCUAUUGAUUUAUAUUUUCAGCAGCAUUUGGCAGUCUUUGGGGAUUAUAUUAAAGUGGAAAAGUUAAUCAAUGUGUAUGAACGAAAAAAAUUGAGGCUGACAAAUCUUGAGUCGAGACAGACUAUACUGAGUGGGUGCCCUUAUCUAGUACAACUUGUUCCUGAUUGAAAAUUUUUCUUCUGCUUGGAUGACCACAUGGCCAACUUUAGAGGUUAACCCUUUCACUGAUGGCCUCUUCAGUUUGUACACGCACAAAUCUGCUUCGAAGAGAAAAUACCCAAAGAAGAAAGAAGGAAGCUUUGCAGCUGGUAUCAAUAUUGAAAUUAGAAGGAGGAGUUCUGGAUGACGUCGUGGUGAGAUCAGACGUGAGGAGCAGGUUUCCAUGCGUCCGAGCCAAGUUCUCCCUGUUAGAGGGCUCCGAAAGGAGCUAAAGACACCCUGUAGGGGAGGUGAAGAAAAGAGGGGAGCCCUGCAGGUCACCGAGAGCAGCAACUCUUCCACUCGACUCAGGGUUUCUUCCCUCUCAUCUACAAUGAGAAGAAGAGGGAGCCAUCAUGGCUGUCAUGAAGCUGGGACAUCCAAGGCAACAAAGAAAUGUGCAGGAGUGGUGUAGAUGAACAGUGACUGGAGUGGGGGAGAAAAUUCCUUUUUUAUUUAGACCCUAACUUUAAAAGAAAAAAAAGAGGAAAAUCCAGGAAAAGAAACUCUUAGAAUUAUUUCUUAAAGUGCAAACAACCAUAGACAGAAAAAUCCUAGAAAAAAACCAAAAGGAAGAAACUAAAGGGACAAAAGCUUUAGCUUUUAAAACAUAGAAAAUUGGACUUUUAAACUGGGUAGGCAUUGUUUUGGAAAGGCAUUAUAAAAUGCUGGAACUAUCUACUUGAAUAGCCAACUUUAUGAUUACCGGAGACUCUAUUGUGAGAAUAAGGAAGACUCUUAAAUAAAGUAAAGUAAAGUGACUAUUGAGUAAGGGCAGGACUUACUAAAAUAAGACAAGAAGCUCCACCAGGGGGAAAUAAGUGAAAUUUCAAAAGAAAUGGAGUUGAUGUUUCAAAGCAUUAGGGAUACUAUGACAAAGAAUCACAGAGAUAUAAAGAACCUAUUGAAAGGCAUAAAUGGGAAAAUAGAAAAUAUCCUGCAACGGAUAAUGAAUGAAGAUCAAAGAGUCCAGGAUAGAGAGGAGACAGUAGAAGAAUGGAGGAAAAGACAGAACAGACAAACCAGCAAAUAAAGCAAGAAGAUGAGAAGGAGAAGACAAUAAAGAUAAUAAUGACUGAUGAAAUAAACCAAGAGGAAAGUACCUUAAGAGAUUUAAAAAUAGAAUCUGAUAACCUGGAAGAUACUUUUGAAAGGGAGAUAGGGGCAUAAUAAUAUAAUAGGAUGAUUGGUACUAGAAUGGCGUACUGAGACUUUGAAUAACCAAAUAAUGAAAAACUAUGCCUUAAUAUAAACAUGUGUAUUAACACUUGGGUUAGUAAUGGUGGCCUGACGAGAAGCUAGAAUAGAGGUAAAAAUAAGAAAUAGGGGAAAUAUUAGCAAAUAUAAUUUUUAUAUAAUAGAAUAUAAGUAAUAACUAGAUGGAAAGAUUAGAGGUUGAAAGAUGGUAUUACUAUGUACGUUUAAUAAUAUCAUCGGCAUUAAAAUGGAACACUGAAAUAUUGAACUACUCUAAAACAAACAUAAUAUAAUUGUAUAUUAUGCAUGCAUAAUAUAGGAUUAUAUAAGCUUGAUUAAUUUAACAAAUAUUAUUAUUAUUAUUCUAUUUAUAUCAAAAUGAAUUAUACCCAGAUGCCACACUUUUCAUGUAUUGAUAAUGAUGUAUAUUUAAAAACAAAAAUCCAAUAAAACUUUUUUAAAAAAAUAUUGAGACUGAAAGUAAAUGGAGCAAGUAAACUGGAGGAAGCUGGAACACGUUAUCAACAGAUCAAGAAAGUCUAUCAGCUGCUGGGCAAAAGCCUUCAGAUACCCGUAAUGCAUAGAGUUACAUGAUUUUCUUCAAGAUUGAAUAAUCAUUUAAGCAAAACAACACUGCCUUCAGAAUGUGGAUUUCUGGGAGAAUGGCCAAAUUGGAUGUCUGGUUAACAAAGCUCUUCUAUUGUAUAGUAGAAAUGUAAAGCUUUAUGUAAACUGAAAGAUGAUUAACAGAGACUUCAUGAAAAGAGCAGGGUGGGGUAAAAUCAAGAGAAAAAUGGAUUUACUCAGUGUAAACAUUAUUAAAGACUCAGCUUGUAAAUCAGGUAUUAUCAACUGAAAAUAUGUAAUAAGUGUUAACCCACGGGAGUUUGCUGCCUGGGACAAAAAGUUUAUAAUCAAGUUAUUUUGGGACCUGGAACUGUCCCAAAGAGCCAACAAACAGAUAUCAGAGAAAG